UGGAGUUGCCAAUCACCGUGAUUUAUAUAAUUUCAAUUCCGCGAUAGCAGACUGGGUGUGUUGAUAGGUUGCUGGCUGGGCAGCACAGCUUUGGUCAGUAGAGUGGCUUUGGUCAGCGCGUGAGACGGUCGACACAUUUCAGAGCACACAUCGGAAUCCGCGCAUCACACGAUGCUGGUCACGUUCUUGACAUUCAUAGGGAUCUGCAGUUUCGCCAGUUGGGUGUAUGAAAACUUCCGCACACCAGUGCUGUUGCUGUUUCGAGGGUUGACCCAAGUGAGCAGCAAUAGCUUUCCUGAAAAGUAUGGGCCAUGGGCUGUCAUUACAGGUGGAUCUGAUGGAAUCGGCAAAGGGUAUGCGAACUACUUAGCCCGGCAGGGCAUGAAAGUUUUGCUCAUAGCACGCAACGAGGCCAAACUGAAGAAAGUAUCGCAAGAGAUCACCGAAAAGUAUGGAGUAGAAACAAAGAUUUUAGUUACCGAUUUUUCGAAGGGCGAGCAAGUUUAUCACGGAUUGGAAACGGAGCUCAGUUCACUUGAUAUCGGCAUUCUGGUCAACAACGUUGGAGUGAUAAACGAAAAACCGAUUCGCUUAGAAGCAAUGGACCAAAAGCUGCUUUGGGAUCUAAUCAACAUUAACGUUGGGGCUGCAACGUUGCUAUGCAACAUACUAAUACCCGCCAUGAAACGUAAAAGGCGAGGGCUUAUCGUAAACAUUUCGUCACUAUCGGCAUUAGCCCCCACGCCUUAUCUCGCGGUUUACGCUGCGACGAAGGCUUACAUGACCAGCUUUUCACAAGCGUUGCGCCAAGAGUUACUUUCGUACGAGGUCGAAUGUCAAACGGUUUCGCCGGGUUACGUGGAAACUAAUAUGACGGAGUAUCUCACUCAGCCGAAUGCGCCGGAAAAGCAUUUUACCCAGCAAUUGGUGAAAGUGAAAGAUUUUUUGCAUUACGCAGGGUACACGAUCGGGAAAGUUGACACUACUUGCGGUCACUGGACACACGGAAUACAGACUGCUCUUUUAAAAAUACUUCCAGAUUGGUUGAAACUACGUGUGUACACAAGACUGUAUACUCAUUUACUGCACAAGUUUUCCAAUUAACUCAAUAAUAGUAGCAAAGUAUGUGGUAUUACAACGGCA